AUGAUUCAUGUUACAAAUGAAGGAAGCAAGACAGAUUUGAAGGUUGAUUCUUAUGGCAGGUUCUUGUAUUUUUUUGUAUCCUAUGGAGCUUGGAUAAAUGGAUUUGCUUAUACAAGAAAAGUCCUAGCUGUUGAUGGAACACAUUUGUUUGGAAAGUAUGGCGGAGUGUUGUUGUCUGCUAUGGCGUUGGAUACCGAAAAUCACAUAUUUCCCUUGGCAUUUUGUAUUGUAAAUUCGGAGGGUGAUGCCUCGUAUCAGUACUUUUUUGAACAAUUGCUCGAGAUCGUCCCCAACACUAAUGAGUUGUGCAUAAUUUCUGAUAGAUAUCCAUCUAUAAAGAAAAUUGUUUCAAAGAUUUAUAUUGAAGCUCAUUAUGGAGUUUGUCUGAGGCAUCUUAGUGAAAACAUCCGCAAAAACUUUCACUGUGGAGAUUGGAUGCACCAUUUUUAUGAUGCAGCGAAAGCAUAUCAGAGGGACGAGUUUAAUGAUCAUUUUCAACAAAUCAAAGAUUUGGAUAUGAGUGUCGCCAAAUAUCUUGAGGAUGUUGGUUUCCACAGAUGGAGUAGAGCACACUUCCCUGGCAACAGGUAUGAUGUAAUGACCACCAACAUUGCUGAGUCAAUUAAUUCGAUGUUCUUGGCGGAAAGAGAAUUCCCAAUCACUGCUCUAUUCAAUUCUAUAAAUAGUAGGUUUGCUCAAAAAUUUCAUGGGAGGCGUAUGAUGUUGGCCAACACAUCAACCAUAUGUGUCCCUUCUGUUGAAAGAAAAAUAAGAGAAAAUGUAACUAUAGGCAAUACACUAUUGGCCCAUCAAAUAAGCUUCCACACUUUUAGCAUCAUUGGUCAUGGUUCAGUGGCUAUGAUUGAUCUAAACAAUAGAACAUGUUCUUGUAGAGAGUUUGAUUUGAACAAAAUACCUUGUCCACAUGCUAUUGCAGCGAUAAAAAUCCAGUUCGGGGAUGAUUAUGGAUAA